AGGUUGGUUCGGGUUCCGCACCCCAGAACCGAUACCCGAACCAAACACUAACAAAGAUUAUCGGUUUGGUUCGGUUGGACCCGAUUACCCAUUAGUUCGAUAACCAAUUUAAUUGGUUUGGUUCGGGUUCAAACAGGUAAUCGAGUACUCACUACCCAUGCUCACCCCUAAGAUUAGUACUUAUUAAUACACUAAUUUUAUAAUUGACAUGUCUUUUAAAUGUAAUGUUGCCUAACCUCUAGGAUGGGAAGUGCAAUUCAUGAAAACCAGAAAGAAAGCAAAAGAAAACAUAAGAUUAAACAAAUUUGAAGUCAAAACAAAUAAAGAAGAACCAACCUAGAAAGUCAUUUAAAUCAAUGAACCUUUAUGUCUUUAACUAUAUAUACACACACAUAGAGGCUCUCUUCUUUGAGAAUUUAGAGCCAAAAACAAAAACACAAAAUCUCCAAAGGUUAAAGAUAUAUGUUUCUCAAUAAAAUGAAGCUUCUUCUUUUCUCCUUUACCAUAAACUUUCUCUGUUUUUUUCAAUCUAACAUAGCUUCUUUUUCUCUAGCAAUAGAAAACAACAACAAUAACAAUGAUGAGCUUAAUGCACUGCUCAAGUUCAAGGAAGCUAUAUCCAAUGACCCUUAUAAAAUCUUAACCUCUUGGAAUAGCUCCAACCAAUUUUGCAAUUGGCAUGGAAUCACAUGUAGCAAAAGAGAGCAAAGAGUUUUGGAAUUGAACUUAGAAGGAUAUCAAUUGCAAGGGUUCAUGUCACCCCAUAUUGGCAAUCUCUCUUCUUUACAAACUCUCAACCUUCAAAACAAUAAUUUCUAUGGCGAAAUCCCGCCGGAACUUGGUCAUCUGUCUAGGCUGCGACUACUCUUUCUCGCCAAUAACUCGCUGGCCGGAGAAAUUCCGACCAACUUAACAAGUUGUUUGGAACUUAGGCGUAUAUAUUUACAAGGGAACAAUCUUAGUGGAAAAAUACCAAUGGAGAUUGGUUCUCUUAAAGAACUUCAAUGGUUAUGGUUGGCCAAGAAUCAUUUAUCAGGGAAGAUACCAUAUUCCAUAUGGAAUCUUUCAUCCCUUGUUGUACUUUCUCUUUCAUAUAACAACUUGGAGGGAAAGUUACCACAAAACAUUGGCAACUUAAAACAUUUGCAAAUUCUUGGUAUGGUUUCCAACAAAUUAUGUGGUAUGCUUCCUUAUUCUCUUUACAAUGUGUCAUCUCUUACUUACAUCUCGGCCGCGAACAACCACUUUAACGGCUCUCUUCCGGCCGACAUGUUCUUCUCCCUCCCUAGGCUCCAACUUUUUGAAAUUGGAAGCAACCAAAUGUCAGGUUCAAUCCCUGUUUCAAUCACCAAUGCAACCUCUCUUAGAAGAUUUGAUGUCACUAAUAAUAGUUUUUUAGGGGAAGUUCCAAGUCUAGCAAAGUUGCAUGAUCUUUGGUGGUUGAAUUUUGGUUCCAACUAUCUAGGAAGUUAUUCACUUAAGGACUCUGAGUUCUUAGAAUCUUUGCAAAAUUGUAGUAAGUUGGAAAUAUUGGACAUAUCCGCCAACAAUUUCGCUGGCCGUUUGCCGGAAAAUAUAGCCAACUUUUCCGACCGGCUCAGAGAAAUAUACCUUAGUGAUAACCUAUUGUUUGGAGAAAUUCCUGCCACUUUAGGAAAUCACAUUAAUUUAGAUGUCCUUACCAUGGAACUCAACUUUUUUGUAGGAUCAAUUCCAACAACAUUUGUAAAGUUUCAAACAAUGAAAAGAUUGGAUUUGAGUUAUAACAAAAUCUCAGGACAAAUUCCACCCUUUAUAGGGAAUCUUAGCCAAUUGCUUGAGCUAAGAAUCUCAGACAACAUGCUAAGAGGAAACAUUCCUCCAAGUAUAGGAAAUUGCAAAAGUUUAGAAAUUCUAGACCUUGCAACUAACAAUCUUAGUGGAGUCAUACCUCCAGAAGUUAUAGGUCUUUCUUCUUUGACAGUCCUACUAAACUUGUACGAAAACUCGUUGACCGGAUACCUUCCGGGACAAGUAAGCCUGUUGAAAUUUAUUCGUCAGUUGGACGUCUCGAAAAAUUAUCUGUCUGGCGAAAUUCCUGAGAAUAUUGGAGAGUUGGUAAACCUCGAGUACCUUAACUUACAAGGUAAUUCAUUCAAUGGAACCAUACCUUCAUCUUUGGCUAUGGUGAAGAGUCUCCAACAUUUAGACCUAUCAAGAAACAACUUGUCUGGAUCGAUUCCAACCGCGCUACAAGAUCUAUCUCUUCUAGAAUACUUAAAUGUUUCUUUCAACAUGUUGGAUGGUGAAGUUCCAAGAAAAGGUGUGUUUGGAAAUUCAACUGCUAUAACACUAUUUGGUAAUGUUAAGCUUUGUGGAGGAAUCUCUGAGCUGAAGUUACCACCAUGCCACGGUUCAAAACAACCAAGACAUCAUAGUUUCAAGGACACAGCAGUGAUGAUAGUUUCUAUGGUUGCUUUUCUUGUUCUGUUGUGUUCUAUGUUUGUUGCUUAUAUGAUGAGGAUAAGAAAGAAUGAACCAAUUUCAGAUUCAUCAGCAUUAAAUGACUUAUUUGAAAAGGUGUCAUAUCAAAGACUUCACCAAGCAACUAAUGGUUUCUCAGCUAGCAACUUGAUAGGGUCUGGAAAUUUCGGCUUUGUUUACAAAGGAAAUCUCGCCUCGACUAACAAAGUUGUUGCUAUAAAGGUCUUAAACCUUCAAAAGAAAGGAGCUCGAGCGAGUUUCAUGGCCGAAUGCAAUGCACUGAAACACAUUAGCCAUCGAAAUUUGGUUAAGAUUCUAACCUGUUGCUCGAGUACAGAUCACAACGGCCGAGAAUUCAAAGCUCUGGUGUUCAAAUACAUGGAAAAUGGAAGCUUGGAUAAAUGGUUGCAUCCAGAUAUUGAAAGAUUAGAAGUGCCACAAACCUUGAUGAGUCUAAACCAAAGAAUAAGGACUCUAACUGAUGUUGCUUCAGCAAUAAGCUAUCUUCACUACGAAUGCGCGCAGCCUAUUGUUCAUUGCGAUUUAAAGCCGAGCAAUAUUCUUCUAGAUGAUAACAUGGUUGCUCAUGUUGGUGACUUUGGAUCUGCAAGAUUUCUGUCAAAAAUCAAUGACAAAUCAUAUAAGCAAAAUAUCAUAUCCAGAAUAAAUGGUACUAUUGGUUAUACUCCUCCAGAGUAUGGAAUGAGUUCAGAGGUGUCGAAACAAGGCGACACGUAUAGCUUUGGGAUUCUUGUUUUGGAAAUGUUAACAGGAAGAAGACCUACUGAGGAAACUUUUCAACUUGGUCACAAUCUCCAUAGCUAUGUAAGGAUGGCAUUUCCAGAUAAACUCUUGCAGAUUGUAGAUCCAAUUCUUCUGUCCAUAGAAAUAGAAGGAACAACAGCAAAGAAAUGUUUGUAUUCACUCUUUAGAAUUGGACUUGCUUGUUCUGUGGAGUCACCAAAAGAAAGAAUGAGCAUGGAGUGUGUUAGCAGAGAACUAAACCUUAUAAAGAAUUCCUUAUAAAAGGUACAAAUUAAUUUCU